GUAAAUAUGGCCGCUGGAGCCAUCGGCUUGUAGCGCAGCAGAGACCAAAACAGCCGCUGAUUGCUGCAGAAACCACCCACUGCCAGCCGCUGCCGAUUGGGUCAGGAUGUCUGUGGCCAACGCAAAGCACACUGUUCUGGAUCCGGUGAUCCCAUACACUGGUCCCAUACCUGGAGGCCUGCAGCCAGGGGAGAUCAUCAUCAUCCAGGGUGCUGUGCCACCAGAUGCUGACAGGUUUCAGGUGGAGCUGUCAUGCGGUUGCAGCACCAAACCCCGCUCGGACGUCGCCCUCCACUUCAGCCCUCGUUUCAGCGACGCCCCCCGUGUGGUGUGCAACUCCCUGCUUCAGGAGGAGUGGGGUACAGAGGAAGCUCUCCACCAGCUGCCCUACAAACGCGGUGCCCCAUUCGAGACCAUCAUUCUAGUGCACAAGAAUGGUUUUAAGGUGGCAGUAAAUGGGAAUCACCUGCUGGAAUACAAACACAGAAUUCCUCUGAUCAGGGUCGACACCUUUUCUAUUUCUGGGAAUGUCAGGGUCCACGCUAUUGGCUACAUCCCAAACUCAGCAAUAUAUUCAGAAUCAGGUGAUUUGGGUCUUCCUUACAAAGGCAGUAUACUCAACGGACUAAGCCCAGGGCAGCAUAUCACCAUUAAAGGACAGGUCAGCCUGUACCCUCACAGUUUCUCAGUCAACCUGUGCAACAGCCAAACAGAGAAUGUUGCUCUCCAUCUGAACCCCCGGAUGAAGUCGGGGGUCUUCAUCAGGAAUUCGUACCUGGACGGAUCCUGGGGUCAGGAGGAGCGGGAGCUGCCCUUCUUUCCCUUCUCAGCGGGUGAAUACUUUGAGAUCCUCCUCCUCUGUCAGCCCCACCAGUUCAAGCUGGCGGUCAACGGCUCCCACUUGUUGGAGUUUAGACACCGGAUGCAGGACUUGAGCAGCAUCGACCAGCUGGAGAUCAUGGGAGACCUGGAGCUCAGUGAUGUGAAGCUGUGGUGAUAACAUUAUGCUCUGGUUGGCUGGAACUCGGUUAGCUUCCGGUUACCCUGAACAUGGAGGCUGCUUCCAGCCUCAACUAAUCUGGCGCCGUGACGGCGGUCAGUGGGUUUAGUCUUCAUGGUCCUUAAUGGACACAAUCUAUUUUUUUUUUCCUUUCUUGUUCUCUGAAUCUGAGCCGUUUUCCAGGCUUUUCAUGUAAAACAGGGAAAAAUGUAAAUUUAAGCACUUAACUCGACUUUGCUUAUAAUAUUAAUUAUACGCAAGUCUUAAAAUGAAACAAUGUUGAACAUUAACAAACAUCUGUUCAACUGAAAGAGCCGAUCUCUUUUUUUGCACCAUUAAUGUGCAUGAUUGUAUUUUACAUUUCAUAUCAGUAUUAUAUCAGAAAUAUGUAUUUUCUAACUUAUAAAAGGUCUGUAACCUUAAACUUUUUAAAUCAUGUUUUUCCUCCAAUUCCUGGUCAUCUGAAGGUUCAGCAGAUAUUGAAUCAUGUCUUAAGGUGUAAAUAUUCCAUACCCUCACAAAUAUCUGCAGUCAAAAUAUAAAGAUUUAAUAAUUCUAUGUACUGCGUUCUGUAGUAGCUCUCUAUUCAUGUUUUGAUAAAUAAAAGAUGAAUG